GAAACCGCGAAAAACAAAUAUUAUUUCAACGCGUUUAUAAAUAAUACGCAAAAUUUUGUAGCUGAUCAUUAAUGUAAAUUCAAUAAUCAGUUCAGUGUUUGUUUCUGAAAUCAUGAAGAGUUUAGUUUUGUUUUUAGUGAUCUUUGUUUUUGCUGAAGCCAGUAUUAAAAACUGCAAGAAAAAAGAUUCAAAAAUAUCCGCGGCCUUAUGUAAUGCUGCUCAUGACAAAUGUUUAGGCAAGGUUUUCUCAGACGCGGAUCUUCGUUCCAAAAAAUGCAGCAAAACUAAACCGUUGAAAGUAACACUGAACAAAAAAUAUCAGAAGCUAAACGAAACAUUUUGUGGCAGCGAUGGAAAGCAAUAUUUGAGUGUUGCAGAGGCUAUAAAUGCUGCUCAGUGUAACUCGGUAGAAAUUCUUCAUAAAGGUGCGUGUGGCCAGUGCAGCGAGGAUAACUUGUGUAAUAAAAGCAUGCGUAAACCAAAAACAGUAAAGAUUAAUAGCACCAUGGUGUAUAGUGAUUGCUGCCAGUUUAAAGUAUCCGUUUGCAAAGCAUUUAAUGAAAAGACCCAAGUUAUUUUGUUUAAGAGCAAGCAAAAUAAAGCAGGAAAAAAAGGAUCAAAAAAAGCAACUCGAUAAGGAACAGAAAAAAAUCUUUAUUUAAUUUAUGGCUGACACGAACAACACGAGUAUUUUUAGUAAUUUAAACGCUUCCAUCAUGUGUAGAAGUAUUUAUAUCAUAUAAACUGACAAGAAUUGUUUCAAAACGAACCAAUCAAGUUCAAAGACUAAAAA